CGCUGUGUUUAAGAGUCAUUUAAUUAGGCAGCAAGUUCAAUUAAAAACAAAAUUUUUAAACGACGAGUCAAAAGAUUGAUUUUCUAAUAUUAUCAUUUAACCAAUAUUUUUAACGCAUUAAUUGAGAGUAAAAAUGAAACCUGUGGUUAUUUUGAUAUCGCGGGGCGAGCAAAAGCCGGACAAAUUAGCUAGAAAUAUUAUUGUUAGCAACGGAAACUCUCUAAACAAACCUGUAACUAUGUCGUUUGGAUCAUGUACAUUUGCUACUUAUUUAUGUGAUCUGAAGACAAAAUAUUACGAAAACACCAUAGCUUUGUUACCUUAUGAAGGAGAUAUCCGUGAACUACCUGAAGAUCUUUUAUGUGCCACAGAAAUGUUGAUAGUCUACUUUGAUCCCGAUGAUAAAACUUUGAAAUCUCAUUUAAGUGAAUAUUGCAGUUUUUUAAAUAACAAUGACAUUGAGUUGGGAUUAUUACUGACUAGCAAACUCUACGAAGAUGUUAAACAAGGUCCGGCUUAUAGUUCAGUUAAAGAAAGUUGUAAAUUUCAAUUUGAUGUAAUUGAGUUAUCUAAUAACGACGAUAAUAGUGAGACAACGGGAUAUAAGGAAGUUGUUGAAGUAUUAAAGAAUAAUAUUUGGUCAAACGUCAUAGUACCAGGUGCCAACAUAGACGAACUUAAUGAUGAUCUAGAAGAACAGUUGGAAGGCUUCGAAAAUUUAAUAACGAGCAUACAAAAUUUUAGGAGAAUUUCGAGUGGAAUGCAAAGAGACCAAAGGCUUAAUGAGGCAGAAAAAUUAGCUGAUCUUUUUAUAAAAAUGAUGAACGAAGAUAAAUAAAGUGAUAUAUAUCUAUUGUAUUUUGAUUAAGUUAAAUACAUAAAUAUUUAGACUUUCAUGUUCUAUA